ACACCCUAAUUCGAUAUAGUUCAUGAAAAACUUUCUAUUAGAAUCCAAAAUAUGCGAGAAAAAGAAGCAAGAUGGAUAUUAAAAAUAUUUUUUCCUAAUAAAAUAUUCAUUACUUAAUAUCUUGUGUUAUUAUUAACGCUAAGACUUUACUGAUAGAGAAACAAAAAUGAAUACUACCUGUGAGAUAACAAUUCGAUCUAUUAAGUGAAAUAUUAAUACAGAUUUGCGAGGAUGUGGAUGUGGAAGGUGAGUGUCCGUGUGGAUCUUUUGUCUUGAACCCCACCCACACCCUCAUAUUAAAAACUUCUUCCGAGGGAAAGUUUUAAAAAAAGUCAAAACAAUUUAGAAAAUUUUAUUUUAGUUUUCUAAUAUUUUGCUAUUUCAAAUAAGGAAUAAACCGGUUGACUAAAAUUUCAACAAAGAUAUUAUUGCUUGUUUUUUAUUUAAUUGAGAUGCUAGAUAUGAAAGAAUAGGAUAAACAUACAUUUAAUUAAUAUUAAUCUCGAGUUAAAUUUAAUAAUUCAAAAUAAAAUAUUUAUUUAUUUUAGAUACUUGUAAUAAAUCUGAAUACUAAAUUAAUUUUAUCACUAUGUCCAAUAAGUCGACAAGCAUUAAAAAAGAUUCAAAAUCAAACACAACAGCAAAUCUUCAUAAUUGAUGAAAUAACAACAAGUGGUGAAGAUUGGGCUGAUGAUGCAAUACAAACUGAAAGCGAAGGUUGA